AUUUGCCAAAGUUGUAAGUUGAUAGCUACAUAAAAGUCCAAUAGCUUGUUGUUUAUAUGAAUGCUCAAGAUAUCGACUCCUCCGCAUAUAAUAAUAUCGACAGUCCAGAUAGGAUAGGAUAGCGAUUGAUGAAUGACAAGCUGGUGACCCAUUCGCUCUAUGAUACCGCCGCAAAUUCGACAUUCGACAAUUCCUCCGCCACUUGCCUAGGCACAUAUAUGUAUGACUUCGACGACAAUAUUACGUUCACCAAGACGGCGCAAACGCAGACUGUGUUAGCUCGGGGAAGAGAUAGCUGUGAAUAAGAUCAUCCGCACAAUUUGAAAGCACCGACCUCAUGGCUGGGGUUAAAGGAAAUUCGCUGCGCGAUCGCCAAAUCGCAUCUCUCAAGAAAAUACUCAACUUGAACGAGGUCCUCGACCAGAAGGAUGAGGAAGAAUCUCACGCCAACGGGCUGGCUCCGGCCGGUCCUAUAUUAACUGCCAAUGGGGAGCCCAUAUGGAAAGUCCUCGUAUUUGACGAUCUCGGCCGCGACGUAAUCAGCAGUGUCAUGAGAGUAAAUGACUUGCGAUCCAUGGGCGUCACUAUGCAUAUGCAUCUUGCCGCAUCCCGGCAUCCUAUUCCAGAUGUUCCCGCCAUCUAUCUCGUCGAGCCGAAUGCAAAGAAUUUAGAAGGCAUAACGAAUGACCUACAAAAAGGCUUAUAUUCUCCCGCCUAUAUAAAUUUCCUCUCCUCAAUACCACGUCCCCUUCUCGAAGAAUUCGCGUCGCAAACCGCUGCGGCCGGUACCGCGGAACACAUAGCUCAGCUAUUCGAUCAGUACCUCAAUUUCAUAGUCGCCGAACCAGAUCUCUUUAGCUUAGGAAUGCAAAAGGAGCAUACGUAUUGGGCUUUGAAUAGCGCAAAGACCAAGGACGAAGAAUUAGAUCACGUUGUUGACCGGAUAGUUAGUGGCCUGUUCAGUGUUGCCGUGACCAUGGGCGUUAUCCCUAUUAUACGAUGUCCUAAGGGCGCCGCCGCCGAAAUGAUUGCUGGCAAGCUUGAUCGAAAGCUCCGUGAUCACAUCCUCAACUCCAAAGAUAACCUUUUCAGUAAUACCCGCCCUUCCUCAUCUACGAGCACACCCGCCUCGCGCCCAGUCCUCGUCAUCUUAGACCGAAAUGUCGACCUAAACCCUAUGCUAUCGCAUUCUUGGACUUACCAGUCUCUUGUACACGAUGUUCUUAAUAUGAAGCUCAACAGAAUCACUAUCGAGACACCUGUGGAUGAGGAAAAUCCUGCAAAGGGGGUCACGAAGAAGGCUUAUGACCUAACUUCCACGGAUUUCUUCUGGGAGAAGAAUUCCGGCGUUCCCUUCCCCCAAGUUGCGGAAGACAUCGAUGCUGAGUUGAUGCGCUAUAAGGAGGACGCCCAAGAAAUUACCAAGAAAACGGGGGCGUCGUCGUUAGAGGACCUACAGAACGACACAAGCGCCAGCGCGCAGCAUCUCAAAGCCGCCAUAACGUUGCUGCCAGAACUGAGGGAACGAAAAGCCGUGCUCGAUAUGCACAUGAAUAUCCUUGCCUCGGUGUUGAAGGGCAUAAAAGACCGCCAAUUAGACAACUAUUUCCAAAUGGAGGAAGACGUUAUGAAGCAGACGAAAGCUCAGAUUCUCGAAGUCAUCAAAGACGAGGCUAAGGGUAAGGACCCGCUGGAUAAGCUUCGAUUGUUCAUAAUCUGGUUCUUGAGUACGGAGCAAGAAGUUAGUCGCGCGGAUUGGACUCAGUUUGAGGAAGCGCUCACAGCGGCGCAAGUGGACACUACCUGUCUUGCGUAUAUUCGACAAGUCCGCGCCACCACAAAAAUGACCCAGCUAACCACGAUCGGGCCCUCGCAACCCAACGCCUCGCAGUCCGGCGGCACCACCGACAUAUUCGGCCGCUUCUCCUCGCUCUCGAGCCGGCUCACGGACCGGCUCAAGGAGACGGGCGUCGGCGUGCCCACGAACCUCGCCUCCAACUUCGACAACCUCAUCGGCGGCAUCAAGAACUUCCUCCCCGCCAACCGCGACUUCACCAUCACCAAGAUCGUCGAGUCCAUCAUGGACCCCCAGGCCGCGUCCACGUCCGCCAUCGCCAAGACGGAGAAUUACCUCUACUUCGACCCCCGCAGCGCCAACGCGCGCGGCAGCAUGCCGCCUCCCAGCGCGAUACGCGGCGCUGGUGGCGCCGGAACGCCCGGCGGCUUGCCGGCUGGGCCUGGUGGGGCCCAGGGCCCAGGGACGGGAGCUAGUUUCGGCCAGAGAAGGCAGGGGUUCACCGAGGCCGUCGUGUUUACCGUCGGCGGAGGUAGCAUGGACGAGUACGGCAACUUGCAGGAGUGGGUCCAGCGCACGUGCGAGGCGGGCGGUCGCGCGAAGAAGAGGGUCGUGUACGGAAGUACGGAGCUGCUAAACGCGCGCGAGUUUAUCAAGGAGGAGUUGGAGAGGUUGGGGAAGGAGGUGCCUUGAUAGGUGACUUGCGAUUGCAGUCGUGGGGUAGGGGUGGGAUG